AAAGAAACCUAAAGAAGAACCUGAAAGACCCGUUCCGACGCGAGGAGCCACUCUGCAGUGCUCUUCAUCUCGCUAGUCCAUCCUUCCCUCACUCUAGAUCUUUGUUUACAAGGUUAACAUAUGGUGUUGUGGUACUUGAUAUAUUGAUAAGGGCAUAAACAAGUGUAAUCCCGAGUGAUGUGCGAAUAUCAUCAUUUCCGGUCGAUCCCUUAGAACGCUUUUUGUGCAAUGGAAAGUGAUAUAAUACGCUGGCGUGAUAAGUGGAUGUUGAUUUGUGUCGUGUGAAUUCAUAAAUUUUCGAGGUGACAGAUUGACAACUUCUAUGUUUGUUUUCAAGACUUGCCUCAAAAUGUGAAUGUUGAUAUGAAAAAAAUGUGCAGAUAUAUUUUGAUAAAACUUUUGGGUUUGUUGAUUCCCUUUGAAACACAUUCUUCUGGAAAUGUGAUGUGUUUGGAAAAUAAUGGUAUUCUAAUGAACUGUUGAACAUAAUGUAUUGGUUGGAGGCAUAUUUUCUUGCUAUUGUCUUACCAACCGUUUUCAGUAAUGUUAAUAAUCAACUCCACUGUGUAAAUAAUGGACCGACAUGUUUUCAUCAGUUUAUUUAUACAUUUACAGUUGGUUCAUUUGAAUGCCUUGAAAGAAGAUUGUAAUAUCAGAAGAAUAGAGAAAAAUAGUGCAAAAUGCAGAGAUUUGCCACUCAGAAGAAGUGGCAGUGGUGAUUUAGGAAAAGUUGUGCUUCAUUAUUAUCUAUUUAAAAUAGAAAAUUCCCCGUAUUUCACAACUGGGCUCAAUUCAACAUUUCAUAACAUAAAAUGGACACGUCUGCGCUUGCAGUACAAGGACCGUUCCAAUGAAACUUUUAAUUUCUGCCGUGAAUUUAAUUUAAAUCCUAGAAUACACAUGCCUCUCGAUGCAAGUCUGUUUUAUGACUGUCUCUGGAGUGUAGAACAUGAAGAUAAAGAAUUUGACUUCAAAUAUGAGGCCUUUGAUGCUCGAAAAAAGACUUCUGCUGGUAGACAUUAUAUUCUGAAAGUUCCUCGCCAUUACAACUUGUUGCCUCACAAACCUUUAAACAUAACACCAGUCUUCAUGUACAUGGAUAUAUCAGAACUGCCCUUAAUGGUUUUGUAUUGGGAGACAUUGAGGGAUGUAACAGAGUUUCAUGUCACUGUGUAUCAAGAUGGUAAAGUUGCUGAAAGCAAGAAAGUUUCAGAUCCUCCGAAUGAAUUUGGCCAGUUUGCAUAUUCAUAUGAUGUUGGUUUCAGCACUAGUGAAAUACAAUUUAGUGUUGAAAUUCUUGAUAAAAGGUGUAUUGGAAGAUGUGAAGUAUUUAAAUCACCAGUUAUAAAUAUAGAAAAAAGUGUUUCAAACCGACCAUUGUUAAUUGGCAUUGUUGGUUCUAUUGUGUUGUUGCCUGUGUUCCUGUAUUCAUUAUACGUUUGGAAGCGUUAUUCUCUCUUAGCUGUAGAUACUCUACCUACAGUUUUGUUAGUGUACACCAGAAGUCUAAGAUCUCACACACAAGCUGUUCUUGCGUUAACCAAGUACUUAAGAAAGUAUUGUCACAUCAAUGCUCUUGUGGACGAAUUGGACAUACCUCUGACCAAAUCAAAAGAUCCACAUAUUUGGUAUCAAGAAGCCUUCUCCCAAGCAGAUGUCGUUUUGGUGAUAUCAUCUCCACCUCGCACCGACUGCCUAGAAGAAGGACUUUAUCAAAAGGUUGAUCUGCUUGCCCUGCGCAUCCUGUCUAACAAAUUGUGUGACCCUCAGUGCAAGCAGAAGCUUCUCUCACUUGUGUUGCCAUAUUGUUCUUCUGAUGACAUCCCAGUGGAAGCAAAAAAUGUGAGGUGUUAUUCUUUCAAAAAGGACUGGAAUGAGCUACUUUGGAAUAUGCGGUGUGGGAUGAAAUCAUUUUGGAUUCCAAAGAUAGAUUACUUGUGUUACCAGUCACAAGUGCCUGGUGGUGACUCGGAUUUAAGACGUUAUGGAAAGUUUCUUCUCGAUGCUUUGCAAAUUGCAGAAGAUGAUGUUCAGAAGAGAAACUUCUCGAUUCAUAAAUCCAUUGAUGAUGGAAAUUUUGAAGAAGUUCCUUUGCAAAUGGUUGGACAAUUUACGGAUACUUCCGACAUAAAUGACUUAAUGCAGUCGCUGAAGGAUGACAGACCAGAUCCAGAAACAGAUGCUCAAGAAGUGUAUUCUGUAUUCCCCGGUGAUUUGCAAACUAUGGAUCUCUUAGAUAGAGAGCAUGAGUUGCAAUUUUCAAAUGAACAUACAGCCAAAUCACAAAGUCAUCAAAUAGAUCUGAAUAGUUUAGUUCUCUGAAAACAUAUUUUUUUAAAUAUCCUAUUUACACACACUUUGUUGCUCAUAUUGUAGGAACUAAAAAUUUAGCUCUGUGGACAACUCAACCUAAGUAUGUACUCAAUCAUGAGACCCGGGGCAUGUUUGUGAUUGUUACAUUCACAUUUUCCUUUUGCAUGUUUACUGAGACUGCUAAAAGGUUAAGGAGAUAUUCAUGGAGUGAAUAUUGUUAUUUUAGCAGUAAGCCUUUUUGUUUGUUUUGUGAAAUUUUAUUAAUUAUGAAAAUCCUGUUUGUGAUUUAUAUGGAGUAUGGGCACAGCACAUUUUAAUUCGUAAGGAAAUUUCAGUAGAAAAUAAUUUUUAUUCUAUUUGUGUCCAGAUUUCAUAGCACAAGACGUUGUUAAAAAUAUUGUUGUGAACCAAAUUUUUCAAAAAUAAUUACUCAGUAUUAGAAGAAAAUAAAUAUAUAUAAUAUAAUUAUACAUGAUAUGGGGAAACUAAGAAUUUGUGAAGAAAUGUAGGCAUAUGAUGAAUGGAAUUUCAAAUCCUAUUUCUAACAAAUUACAAUGUAUAUGAAUCAGAGAAAGCGUGAGAAAAAGAGUAUUUACGAGCAAUUUAAUUGCUAUAAAUUUAAUUGUUGUUACACAUUGUUUCAUGUCAGAACAAUGCAAAAUGAAGCUUAAUAGAAGUUGUGAUAAUCAGAUUGAUCAGGCAGGUCAAAAAUCUUGUUUGGAAACUAAUUCUCUUUGCAAUAGAUGUUACAAUGCAAGGAUAUUAUUUUAUUUCUAGAAUCCAAUUCCGAGUUAAUUCUUAGUUUAGGGGUACUGAAUGAAUGAAGCUUAAUAGAACUUGUGAUCAUGAAAUUGAUCAGGUAGGUCAAAAAUCUUGUUUGAAAACUAAUUCUCUUUGCAAUAGAUGUUACAAUGCAAGGAUAUUAUUUUAUUUCUAAAAUCCAAUUUGGGUUAAUUCUUAGUUUAGGGUACAGUUCGUGUAAAAGAACGAGUCAUGCCCAGAAAGAUUCGGUCUCUUCACUUUUGGUUAAUUCUGCAACACUGCAAUGUCUUCACAUACACUUCAUUCCCACUACAUUGUAAAGCCAAAUUAUUUGUUCCCACCACAUUGUAAUGCCAAAUUAUUUGUUCCCACCACAUUGUAAUGCCAAAUUAUUUGUUCCCACGGCAUUAUAAUGCCAAAGUACUUUCAAGGGCAAGUUUUCUAAUUUCACACACCCGGAUCCAAGUCAUGGCAAGGCUCGAACCUUGGCCCUCGCAUUCACUCUAAUCAACUUUGUCUAUCCACCACAUAAUUACCAAUUCACUUUUAUAAGAAAGCACUGUAAUAUUUAAGUUGACUCUUUGAAAAUAAUAAAAUUUAAAACUGACCUUAGUCUGUUAUUGGAUAAACUUGUUUGAUCUAAUGAAGGAAAUUUAUCAUUUUAUAACAUUAACAGCCUCAUCUUUUCCAUAUUGCCAAAAAAACAUCUGUACUAAACCUUUGCGGAAACACUGGCUUCCAGUAUUCAAACUGUACAGUUUGCAAACACAUUGUGAAGAAAGAUUACAUCACACUUUGUUUAGAAUCGAACCCAAUGAACCGUUCAUAGUGAACAACAAUUGUACUAUAAAAUAAGAAUUAACCAAGUUUUUCAAGAAACGAAAAUUUUGAACAUUGUAGGCAAAGAAAAUGUAUAAUAGAAAAAAUGCUCAAUUUGUACUUUUCACAUUUCCUUCUUCAGAACCAUUUAAUACUGAAUAAAAACUAAUUUACUUGUGAACAUCACUCAAAUACUCAUGAGCUAAACUAAUUUAAUUACAAAUAAUAUACUGAAUAAAAUUGAAGUUUGUGCAAAUAAUACACUAAUAUAAUAAGUUGUGCAUGUUAAUAGGAAAAAUCCGGGUUCUAGGUCUAUCAAAUUAAAAGUUACACAUGAUAUAACCAUACAUUGUAACAUGACAUAAUGUAAAACACAACGAACAUAAGAUGGAGGCACAGUAGAACACAUUUCUCUGGCUGUGUUGGUAAUUAGGCAGAUUAAAAAAUACCCUGAAAACUCUGUGAAAGUACCCCUCUACUUUCUGAUAUCGCAUUCACUCAAGUCUCCCCCCCAAAAGCGCAAUAAUGUAAAUUGUGAGUAAUUUUACAGAAUUAGGAGCAGGACUUAUAAACAGUGUUGUAAUAUACAUAAAACGGAGAGUGAUCGUAUGAGAUUCAACUGUGUACUUGGUUAGGCUGUGGGGAAACAAAAUGGAACUGGCCAGAAAGCCAGAUACGAAAUAGCUAUGUUUCUUGUGCACACUCUAUAUAUAUUAGUGGACAAAAUUCCAAUGUGCACAUGCACACUGAUUUUUAACUUUAAGCAUAUUCAUACUAAUGAAUCUCGGUAUGUUUAUUCGUGUAUUUUAAUUGUGCGGAUAAGAGACAGUUUAUCCCUGGCUAAUACUGUGUUCAAUUAUUAAUGGGUGUUAAUUUUUGUAGUACAGGAGAACUCCAAUUAUCCUAAUUUAAUUGAAUCGGGCUCAUCAAUUAAAUUUGUAUGAUUGGGUAGAGCUAAGGAAUAGUUGAAAAGUUACACACACUUUUUUUUUCAUUCUCCUCAUCCUUUUUUUUUCAGGGCUUGAAAUAAUAAAUUCGAAUUCUAUGCCGUGUAUAAAAUAUUUUUACAGUAAUAUAAUUUUUGUGAAAAAUUAGAUUUUAAAAAUAUAAAAUAUAUAAUGAUAGCAUUUUGCAAAAAAAGAUUAGGAAAGAUUUGGAAAAUUUUUGCAAGAUGCACUUCUUCAAAUGCUCUUGCUAUUUUGUUUGUCUUUUCUCAACUAAAGACAAAAGUACCAACUUAUAUAAAUGAAAUUAAGCCAGACAGUAAAACCAACAAAAUAUUCAGAAAAUUACCAAAUUGUUGGUCCAGUUCUUGUAAUUUGAAAAGUCUUCUGGCACCAUCCCCUAUUUUUUCUUCAAAAAUGACACCAAAUAGAUUUGAAAUCAGUUCCAGUUAAAAACAUUGAAGCCUAACAAAAUAGAAUAUAAUCAAAAAGUUAUGUUUGUGGUUUUGUUUUCAUUACUGCCUUUAUUUUUGUAAUGGAAUGUCCAGUUUCAAGAGAGAAAAAAUUGCACUAGUUUUCUUGAUUGUUUAUUAGCAAUGGUAAACAUUCAACGAAACAAAGUUGACAGAAGGGCCCGUAACGUUUGCCAAACCAUAGGGUUGUCAUAGACUUCCCUCCGUAUGACAGGAUGUUGUGUGAAGACGUGAGCUUGUCGUAAUGGUGCACUAACCUAGCUAUCUGCUGACGCAUGUGCCCCCUUUCACUUCACUUGCAUUGGAAAGCCACUGCCCCCAACCUAGGCAAGAGCCUUGAAGGCUUAAGUAAACUUCAACUGAAGAUUGAAAAGAGUGCUGAGCAACCAGAUAUAUUAAUAUCAAAAUUUGACAUUACUACAAUUUCAAAGGACUAAUUAUAUGGGGUCCUUGCAUAAUGUCCUCAGAUUUCAAUCUUUGUUUCUUUCACUGAAAAAAUAAGAUUGGAGCAUUGGUUAAAACCUUGUAACAUUGUGUUCAGAUUGUCUUGAAAUUCAGAAUAUGAGCAGUGUUGUUAAAUGUUUAUGGCUAAAAUUUUUCUAGAAGAAAUAUUUUAAAAUGCUAAAAUUUUCAAGAGUAUUAAAAUAUAAAUGCAAAUCAAAAUAACUUAAUUUAGCAUUGUUGGACUAAAAUCUACAUUUUGCGUGAAAAUUAUCUUUACUACACUGAUUGGUUGAAUAUUGUCACGCCAUGAUUGUUAACCUCAUGUGCCUUAUAGUUGCCCUAAAAUCCAUAUGAAUUGAAGUAUACAUAUUAAGGAAAGUAAAGGCUGAAUAUAUUGAAUUUCUUAAAAACUGAGAACUCCCAUUUUAGAUCUUUUGUUAAGUCCUCGUAGUAAUGAGACUUAGAAGUUGUGAAUUGUGUGGAAGAUCUGUAAGGUACAAUCUUCCGAAAUAUAACCCUAUCAUUUAAUUCUAUAUUGGAUGGAAAUGAUUAGGUUGCUAUCAGAAUUUUUUCAACCCUGAGGAAAAAGAAACUUUUGUGUUCAGUAUGCUUGUGAAGACAGAAAACAUUUCUAGCUAUAAUUUUAUUUUACUUUAGUUCAAAUAAAAUGUAAUUGUUUCUUAUUGUAACUGUUAGUAUCAAUUGCCUUUGUUGUAAUAAUUUCCUAGCCAAUGUAUUGAAGAAUUUGUGUCUAAUUAUAAAAAGAGAAGAGAGAAGGAAAUAUGAGAUAUGCAAUGAUAUUUGAAACAGAAAAAUCCUUUGGAAAUAUGAAUUUUUUCUUAAAUUAAGCUGAUUGAGGUUUUUGAAAAAAAUGUAAUGCGUUUCUAAAACCAGAAGGUGAAUGUUACCCUCUUAUUUCAGGGUGUUGCUCAAUAUUAAAUUAAAAUUAAACUUUUAAAAAUUUAAAUAGUGAAUCUAUACAAUUAAUUUGCAUGGGGCUGUUAGCAUAAUAAAUAAUUAUAUAUUUAAUAUUAAUCUAUAUUUUAAUAUUGAAUUGAAAGAAAAUUAGUUUCUAAUAAAUGGGCUUAUGUAAAUUUGUUCUUUUAUAAGGUACAUCUUAUUUUCAUAUAGUGGAAAUUCCCUGAUUCCCUGAUACUAGGUUAUAAACAUUCUAAAUCUUAAAAAAAUUAGAUAUUUGGGCUACAGGAUCAUAGAUGGUUGUGAAAUUAUUUAUCGAUCAAAAGUAAUUGUUACUGUCUCUGCACAUAAGAAACAAUUACGAGACUUUGUAAAUGGACUAAAGUAAAAUAUGUUUUAAAUUGUCAUGGUGAGGAUAGUCUGAAAUGCUCAGUCCUUAUGAGCAAAUUGAACAUGAGAAGUUGUUCUUUCUUCAGGGUUUGUUGGAUCAAACAGUUUCUUUAUACAAAAUUUCAUUAACAACAAUAAUAAAAAUCAUUAAGAAUCCAAAUAUAUUAAAACAUAUUUUUGGAAAAAUUCAAUAACCUUUUAAAAUUAAUCAAGUGAGUAUUAAGUAAUGGAGGGACCACUAAUUACUGAUUCUUUAUUGUUUGAGUGGUGGGAAGGAAAAAGUUUAGGAGAGUAAACACUACAUCUCAGCAGGUGUGAUAGCAAUUAAAAAUACUUUAGAUUUAUAAUUUUAAGCAGUUUAACACAGUAUCAAGAUAAGAAAUAUUGUUUGUUGUGUGUAGUAAUAAUAAUAACGAUUAUAAUGAAAUUUUAGUUAUAAAGUUCUGUACCAUAGAUGGUUGUUUCACCUUGUUAUCUUACCCAUUUCUUUAUAAAGAUUUACUUACUUACUGUUUUAGAAUAUGUAGAAUUGCGUACAAUACUUAUUUUGCUCACUUAUACUGUAUAUCAAUGGAAGACUGGGAUUCAUUCAUAAUUGUUCAUCCUAUUGUAUUUCACGUAUUUAACUUUUCACAGUAUUGUGUGUGAUUUAGAGUACCUGAUAAUGAGUGUUUGGUGCUUCAAAGACUAAAAACUUGCACUAAAUAGUUGGCAAGUAUGUAAUACGUCUCACUUUCAUGUGCAUUAAAAAUGCACAAAGCUUUGCAAAUUUAUAGUUUAUUACAGUUAUGUAUUUGUAUGUAAUGUCUAAAAUCUGAAAUUGCUCAGCACCAUACACAAAAAAGGAGGCUAUCAUUGUAAGUUUGGAUGUCUGAAGAUAAAUUCUCUCAAGAAUAUGUGUCUUUUGUAAGUCACUGCCUCAUGUAAAUAAGAAGAUACAAAUGUGAUAUUUUGAAAGGACUUGAAUAAUUUGUUGCAAUAUUGUUUUGUGAUUUGGCGUUGUUCUGAAUCUCUUGAAUUCAAGAUUGGAUUUCAUUAAUUUUUGUAGGCAUGUUGAUGUAUUAUCUAAUUUUAGUUUCUUACAUUUAAGUUUAUGGAAAAAUGUUUUAAACAUUAUUUAUAAACCAAUCAAAGGACAUAAGCCCAAUUUUUUUUAAAUGUUUUCUUUCAAGAAGCAUUUGCUGUGUCUUGUAAUUUUAAUGAUUAUAAAAUAUAAUAUUCCUUUAUGAGUUUUGAUUUAUAUUGCACUGAUCGUUCAAGAGGUGCAGAAAAUAAUUUCUAGAAUUGUACAAAGGAUGAAUUUGUUCAUAUCUAUAGAAAUAUUAGAGUGAUUCUGUUUGUUUGUUUAUCUACGACGAUGUGAUGAUUAGCACGCUAAUAUAGGUGUGAUUUGAAGCUUCAUUAUAGUAAUAGUGCUCCAGUGAAUUUAUUGAAGCACUAGUGCCAUAAUGGUUAUGUUACGACUCUUUGUUUUGACAAUCAAAGAAUCUCGUUUGAAUCAAAAGAGUAAUGUUACUAUCUUAUCUAAGAUGUUCAUGUAAAACUAAAUGAGAAAUAAAAAUCAAAUCAAAAAAUGGAUUUCUAGUCGUCGUAGAUAAAAGUUUGAAUGAUUCCUGUUUUGAUAUAACAUCAUAAUGAAACAAGAAUUACUUUUGCAUGAGAUGUUAGCUGAAUAGCGCAAAAGCGAUGUGAUAUCAGACUUGUUUCGUUAAAAAUUAUAAUGUGUGAUCAUGAUUGCUUGUCUGUUAUCUUAGAUUUUCAUAAUAUGUCAAUAAUUGAUGCAUAGAUUAUUUAUUGGUCAGUGGAGAUGUAUUAAUUUUGUGUUUGUUUUUCUGGAAAGCUUACUCUGUUGAAGGUAUUUCAGGAGUAUAAAAUGUUUUAAUUAUGUUGGUUUUACAUAUUUUAUUGGUUUUUUGAAACAGUAUUAGGUUUCAGAUAGCUUUGUUAAAGUAAAAGCAGUAGAUCUGCUUUCUUCAUAAAUUGGAUUUAUGAGCUUGUUUCUCAAGUGUUUGGAAAUGGUUUUAGAAUCUUUAAAUUUGUUUAUUUUAGAUUCUUUGAGGAGUUUUACAGUAUUAGGCUUUGUAUAGUGUGAUUGGAAAGUAAGUUAUAGAUCUGAAAAGUGUGGCUAUGAAACACAAUUGAUGGAAAAAUUUUGCUUUCAAAAUAAAAUUCUCAUCUGUACACUCUUGUAUUUAAGACUGAAAUUUAAAUUGAAUGUUCAGUUAUAACAUUUACACCAGAGGUAUUUAACUUGACAAAUAUGAAUUUGCAAAAUAAUUAUUUAAAAUUUGAAGAAAAGAAAAUGUAAUCCACAUUCAUUAAGUUCUUAUUUAAAAUAGAUAAAGUAGUAUUUCAGGAACUUUUCUCCAAAUCGGUUUCAAUCUCUGGUGUAAACUAUAUUUUUUGUCUGAUUGAGAACUUUUUUUUUAAUUUGCUGUUUAGCUGGGUAAUGGUUAACUGUUUUCUUAAUGAAAUAAAUGGCUAUGUGCCUCAUUUGUAGAGUUUA